CCACUGAGCCACCGGGAAGCCUCUUUGGUCUGAUACUAGUGUUUAAUUUGAAUUGAAGAAGUGAGUUUUGGUUGGUAGUUUUCCAGUCAGUGAGACCCAGUGUGGAUAAUGCUGAUUUAUGGACUGCUGACAAGUACAGUGGAAAGUGGUGUAUAUAGUGGGAAAAUAUCUUAAGAGAUCCGAGAAUCUGAAGUCAUUUGAGAGAUAGUUUCAGGUUUUGUGCAUUACGGUUGACUACAGUAAACCUAAGGUGAUGAUGUGGGGCAGUGGACAAGGAGCAGUUAGCUUCAAGUAAUGAGGCCUGGUUAUUUGUGGGAAGACUGUUGGUGGAAUAUUGUCAGAGAUAAAAAAUAGGUUGAAAAUGCUUCUAGCUAACAGACCUUUGACAGAGAGUGACUCUGUAUCAGGAGAGACUCGCCUAAACUUACCUGGACUUCCUGAGGAGGAGGAUGGGCCCAAGAGGCUGUUGCUGAUUUACCAAGGCUACUAUGUCUGAAGCUCCGAAUGGUACCUGUUUUUCUCCAGCCUGCAUUCCCCUCAGGGUGCGUUGUUGUUGGGCCUCUGCAGUGACUAAUAAGCUUGAUCAUUGAAGAAGUGGAAUGUCAAGAUAUUUUUUUCUUGCAGGUGUUAACUAUGAGGUGUUACUAAGAGCUGUGUGAUUCACAUUCCAGCUUGUCAUCCCUACACAAAGACAGUUCUUGUGUACUUAAACUACUUAAAUUAAUUGGAAUUGCAGGAAUAUUUCUGGGUCCAGCCACCACCGCACAUCAACCCCCACCCACCCCUACCCACCGCCCGGCCACCACACCCGGUUUCAGUUCCCAGGCUGAACUGCUUCAGCCUCAUCAGCAGGAAUCCUGUUUUGAGGAAACCUUACUUUCCAACGCAAUUAUCCCACAGAAUGUUAAGUUUUUACUUUAAAACUGUUACAGUUAUGAGGAAUCCAUGAUGCAAUACAAGACGGGAAAGACUCUCAAGUACUUCUAAACCUUGGCAAGGUACUUGGGAACCCAAAGGAAGAACACAGCAGGUGUCCGCUCGGCCCCGCCCCUGACACGCCCAGGCGCAGGCUUGUGUCCUACGCCCCGCCCCUCCCCGUUCUAUUACCAAAGGCUGAGGAGUUUCCGGUCUCCGCUUAGGUGCAAGCCAUUCUGCAGCAAAUUCCUGAAGCCGAGACAUGGUAGGUGCGGCCGACCAUUGGGAACCUGAGAUUCUUUCCUUGCCUGAGCACUUUCUUCCCUUCAUCUCGUACAUUUGAAAUUUUCUUUGACCUCUGAAGACUUGUGUUCCCUGAGGAAGCUCUGAAGUUGAGGAAGAGGAAAGAACAGGAGUCAGGCAUGGCUCUUUCUCAGGAACAACUGACCUCUGAGGAUGUGGCCAUCAGAUUCACUCAGGAGGAGUGGGAAUUCCUGGACCCUGCUCAGAGGGCCUUGUACAGGGAUGUGAUGCUGGAGACCUACAGGAACCUGCUGUCUGUGGACCUCUGAAGACUUGUGUUGCCUGAGGAAGCCCUGAAGUUGAGGAAGAGGAAAGAACAGGAGUCAGGCAUGGCUCUUUCUCAGGAACGACUGACCUCUGAGGAUGUGGCCAUUGAAUUCACUCAGGAGGAGUGGGAAUUCCUGGACCCUGCUCAGAGGGCCUUGUACAGGGAUGUGAUGCUGGAGACCUACAGGAACCUGCUGUCUGUGGAUAUCUCUCCUACACAUGUGAUCAAGCAUUUAGAACCCAAAGUGAACAGUGAUAAACGAGAGCCACUCCAAACAUUGAUGCUGGGAAGACCUGAAAGCUAUGAAAUCAAACAUUUUCAUCUUUGGGAAACUCAGGAAAAUAUGUGUGACUUUGAGUGUCAGGGGAGAGAUGACAAAAGAAAUCAGAAAGGAGCACCUGUAAGCCUUGAUGGAAAUGUGCCUGAUGGAAGAGAUUCACAUGAUAGAAAGGAUGCAGGAAUCACGCCCUUUGGAAACAGGCUUGGGUUUAACUUUCAGGAUAAACUGCAGAUACUUCAAACUGGUGGGAUAACUUCUGAAUAUAACGAAGUUGAGAGUUCUGUCAACAACAGUUUGUCAUUUUCACCACUUCAAAGAAGUCCUCCUUGUGUCCAAACCAGUGUUUCUAAUAUAUAUAUAUAUGGGGAUGAUUUUAUGAAUCCUUCAGUAAUAACACAAGACCUCAAAGCACACAGGGUAAAACCUUACAAAUGUGAUGAGUGUGGGAAAGCCUGUCUUAAGGGCUCAUGCCUCAUUAAACAUCAGGCCAUCCACACAAGAGAGAAACUACAUAAACGUGAAGUCGGUGACAAAUUGUUUGAUCAAAGUUCACAGCUUGCACGUCAUUUGAAAAUUCAUUCUGAAGUGAAAUGUUACAAAUGUAAUGAGUGUGGCAAAACCUUUAAUGAUAGCUCCACCCUUGCUAGACAUCAGAUAAUCCACUCAGGAGCAAACUUACAUAAGUGUGAUGUAUGUGAUAAAAUCUUUGGUCAGAAUUCAUUCCUUGUAAGUCAUCGGACUAUCCCUGCAAGAAAGAGAAGUUGCCAAUGUAAUGAGUGCGGCAAAACCUUUGCUGACAGCUCAAAGCUCAGGAGACAUCAGAAAAUUCAUACAGGAGAGAAAUUAUUUAAAUGUGAUAUAUGUGACAAAGUCUUCAGCCAAAAUGCAUACCUUGCUGAUCAUCAGAGGGUUCAUACUGGAGAGAAACCUUACAAAUGUAAUGUGUGUGGCAAGCACUAUAGUCACUCUUCACAGUUCAGAAGGCAUAAGAGAUUUCAUACUGGAGAGAGACCUUACAAAUGUGAUGAGUGUGGAAAGACCUUUCGUGUAAAGUCAGUCCUUUUAAGUCAUCAGACUGUUCAUACUGGAGAGAAACCUUACAAUUGUGAUGAGUGUGGUAAGGCCUUUCGUGUAAAGUCAGUCCUUUUAAGGCAUCAGACACUUCAUACUGGUGAGAAACCUUACAGUUGUGAUGAGUGUGGCAAGGCUUUUCGUGUAAAGUCAGUCCUUUUAUAUCAUCAGACAGUUCAUACUGGUGAGAAACCUUACAAAUGUGAUGAGUGUGGCAAGGCUUUUCGUGUAAAGUCAGUCCUUUUAAGUCAUCAGACAGUUCAUACUGGUGAGAAACCUUACAGAUGUGAUGAGUGUGGCAAGACCUUUACUUCCAGCUCACACCUCAGGAGACAUGAGAAAAUUCAUACAGGAAAGAAAUCAUUUAAAUGUGAUAUAUGUGACAAAGUCUUUAGCCGAAAUGAAUACCUUGCUGGUCAUCAGAGGGUUCAUACAGGAGAGAAACCUUACAAAUGUGAUGAGUGUGGCAAGCACUUUAGUCAGCAUUCACAGAUUAUAAGUCAUAAGAGAUUUCAUACUGGAGAGAAACCUUACAAAUGUGAUGAGUGUGGCAAAGCCUUUCGUGUAAAGUCAACCCUUUUAAGUCAUCAGACAGUUCAUACUGGUGAGAAACCUUACAAAUGUGAUGAGUGUGGAAAAGUCUUCGGUCAAAAACCACAUCUCCGCCUUCAUUGGAGAAUUCAUACUGGAGAGAGACCUUACAGAUGUAAUGAGUGUGGCAAGUUCUUCAGUCGAAAUUCACACCUUACAAGUCAUCGGAGAAUACAUAUAGAGAAACCUUUCAAAUGUUUCGAGUGUGGAAAAUCCUUUACUCAGGUCUCAGCACUCUCUAAACAUCAGAAAAUCCAUACAUGAAAAAAACUUAGGUGAAUGUGGUAUAUGGUAGAAGUCUUCAAAAUUCAAAGUUCAAACUUCACACCCUACUGUUGGUCAGAGAAUUCAUACUACUGAAGAACCAUACAAAUAUGAUGAGUGUGGCAACCUCUUAGGCUUCAUGAGAAAAUUCAUACUGGAUAGAAGCCAGAUAUGUAUGUAUUUAUUAGUCAGGUCUUUAGAACAUGAAUUCAUUCUAGAAAGAUUCCUCACCAGUUUCACAAAUGUGGAAAAAAAAAAACCCUGUCCUCACAGCUCACAUCUUGCCAGUAGUAUCAGAGUAUUUAUCCUGUAGAAAACACACAGCAAUGUAAUGUGUGUGGCAAGGAUCUUACCCAAAAGUCACAAGACAGGAACAUAAUGGGGCCAUACUUCCCAGACUCAGUGGUUGUGACAAAUCUUUACCUUUUUCACUUUAUGUAUUCUCUGAUGACUUUAGUUCAGGUAGUCAGCAACUGUAAUAAGUCCAUAUUUGAAGAGAAGCUAUAGAGAUCUUUUCGUAUAAAAGAAACCCAAAUUUUAACUCCACAAAGAUGAUUCUUUGGGACAGUAAUCCACCAUCUUUUUGGUCUCCUGGCUUUCUGAAUAAAGUCAAUAUUCCCUGCCCAA